AUGGCGGAUCAAACAAGAACCCAUCAAGACAUAAUAAUCCGAGACAGUAGAAGUACCCUAGACAGAGACCAUCCGAAGAAAGGGGGGCAGAUGGUGAAGGUAGCGACUGGGGUCGCAGCCGGUGGAUCCCUCCUAGUCCUCUCCGGCCUAACACUGGCCGGUACAGUGAUAGCACUCGCUGUAGCCACUCCUCUUCUUAUUAUAUUCAGCCCUGUCUUGGUCCCAGCCGUGAUCACCGUGGUUCUCAUCAUCACUGGGUUCCUCGCCUCCGGUGGGUUUGGUAUUGCCGCCAUCACCGCCUUCUCUUGGCUAUACAGGCACAUGACGGGGUCUGGGUCAGAUCAGAAGAUAGAGAGUGCUCGAAUGAAGGUGGGAAGUAGAGGGCAUGAUACCAAGUAUGGGCAGCACAACAUUGGAGUCCAUCAGCAACACCAACAAGCAUCUUCUUAA